CGACCUGCAACAUCCACCCGACUCCGUCGUACAUACUGCCCGCGAGAUAGACGAUAGCCUACACUGAUUCCCCAGAAGAUGUCUACCUCUUCACCAUCAAUCCCCGGGACUCAUCAUGAUGCCCCGCACCCGGAGCAGAAUGACCAGUACAAGUCCAGGCUCGAGGACUUUGAGCUCGAGGACAACCGGCCGCCAUUCUACCUCACCGUGCCCGAAGCCAAGCUCUUGGGCAUUGCAGGAGUCGGCUUCUUCCUCGAUGCAUAUGACCUCUUUAUCAUCAACCCCGUCGCAACAAUGCUCCAAUUCCGACUCUACGGCGGUGCCGCCCUCCCCGCCGGCCUCCAGGGUGUCAUGAAGGCCUCUGCCAACAUUGGCUCCGUUGUCGGCCAGUUUACCUUCGGCUUCGCGGCCGACUACUUUGGCCGCAAGGCCGUGUACGGCAAGGAGCUCAUGCUCAUCAUCUUCGCCACGAUCAUGUGCAUCUCGGACCCGACGAACGACCUGAGUCCCAAGGGCGUGCUCAUCUGGCUCUCCAUAUGGCGCGUCGUGCUCGGCGUCGGCGUCGGCGGCGACUACCCCAUGUCUGCGUCCGUCACGUCCGACCGCACGCGCCUCCGCAAGCGCGGCACGAUGCUCGCGUACAUCUUCGCCUUCCAGGGCUGGGGCAGUCUCGUCGGCGCGCUCGUGACCAUGAUCGUCCUCCUCUGCUACAAGGGCACGAUGCAAGCCGGCCACACGUCCAAGGUCGACGGAGUCUGGCGCAUUGUCAUCGGCCUGUCGCUCAUCCCUGCGUUCGGGACGCUCUACCAACGACUCACCCUCCCCGAGUCGACGCGCUUCGAGGAGUCGCAAAAGCCCAGACACGAGGAAGAGAACCCUGACGAGUUCAAGCAGAAGGGUGACGCGGACGUUUCUUCUGCAGACACGUCUUUGAACAAGGAGAAGGCCAACGUCGAGAGCGAGGAGCACCGACGCUCGAAAAAAGCCGAGCUCGUGGCAAACCGAAAGGCUCACUGGCGCGAGUUCUUUGUCUACUUCAGCCAGUGGCGCCACCUGCGCACGCUCCUCGGCACCUGCUCCUGCUGGUUCCUGCUCGACAUUGCCUUCUACGGUAUCAACCUCAACCAGAACGUCGUACUCCAGGAGAUUCACUUUGACGGCUCGAGCGGCGACCCCUGGACACGGCUCUUCAAGAUCGCCACCGGCAACCUGAUCAUCACCGCCCUUGGCUUCGUCCCCGGCUACUACGUCACCGUGCUCACCAUCGAGAAGCUCGGCCGCAAGAAGAUCCAGACGAUGGGCUUCCUCCUCGAGGCGCUUUUCCUGGGCAUCCUCGCGGGCAUGUUCCACAAGCUGAGCACCGUGGCGUUCAUCGUCUGCUUCUCGCUGCUCCAGUUCUUCUUCAACUUUGGCGCGAACGCGACGACGUACAUCUACCCCGCCGAGGUCUUCCCGACCAAGUUCAAGGCGACCGCGCACGGCAUGUCCGCCGCGUGCGGCAAGGCGGGCGCCAUCAUCUCGGCGCUCGCGUUCAACCAGCUCACGAACAGCAUCGGCACGCCGAACGUCCUCUGGAUCUUCUUCGGGUGCUGCAUCGCCGGCGCCGUCUGCACGCAGCUCCUGCCCGAGAGCAAGGGCCGCGACCCCGAUCUCUUGUACGCAGAGGAGCUCGAGGAGAGUCGCCGCCUCCAUGGAAACGUCCAGCACUAAACUCUGUCCCUUCUCUCCCUUCCCACCUCACCCACCACGCAUGUCAAGCAUCUCUUCCCGCACUCACAUGCACACCCUCCACUGACUGGGCUCUCGCUAAGACGUACAGAGUAAUGUUCUCCGACAAAAGACGAUCGUCACGAUACAGUAGAGCGCGCAACCCGCACACCGGCUUUUCGUACAUCGUAAUAUCUAGCUUAUUCAUGCUACUGUUUCUUCCUCUCUGUACAUCGAGGGUGGGUCUGUAAUGUACUGUAAUCUCGAGUAGGUAUCUUUAUGGAGCUAUU